AUGUUAAAAGCGUUUGGUGGUGGUGGUGAUGAAGGUGGAGUUGGUGGUGGUCGUGGAGGAGGUGGAGUUGGUGGUUGUGGUAGUGGUGGUGGUGGGGGCAGUGGCAGCAUGGUGGUGGUGGUGGCGUUGGUUGUAGAGAUGGUGGAUGUGGAGGUUUUGGAGGAGGUGGUGGUUGUGGUGGUAAUGGUGGUGGUGGGGGUGGUGGUAGUGGGGGUGGUGGUGGUGGAGGUGGAGGUGGAGGAGGUGGUAGUGGUGGUAAUGGUGGUGGUGGUGGUGGUGGUUGGUUGUGGAGUUUUUGGAGGAGGUGGUGGUAGUUGUGGCAGUGGUGGAGGUGGAGGUGGAGGUGGAGGAGGUGGUGGUGGAGGAGAUGGUGGUUAUGGUGGUGGUGGCGGCAACGGUGGUUGUGGAGGUAGUGAAUGUGGUGGUGCAAGUGGUAGAGUUGGAUGUGAAAGUGGUGUGGAAGUGGAGAUUUUGACGGAGAAAAUUCUUAUAGCGGAGACAGGAUCGAGUUCCGAGGCCAUAGAAUUGGACCAUAUUCAGGAGGAGAUUGAGGAGGUGUUUGCCGUUCCGGAAAUGAAGGAGCAGAAGAAGAGCAGAAAUGAUUUGAGGAAGGGGUCGGAAGGUGAAGAGGUCCGAGCAAUGCAGGAAGCAUCGCAAAAACUAGGAUUUUACUUGGGUGAGGAAGACAUGGAGUUUUCCAGCUUCUCAAGCGGGACCGAACGUGCUGUCAAGACUUGGCAAGCCUCCUUAGACGCCCCUCAAGAUGGCAUAGUGACUGCAGAACUUCUUGAACAAUUAUAUACGGUGGCACAAAUUGAGGGUCUGGAUAACAAAGGGAGUACUCUGACUGCUACACAAAAGCAACCUGAUCAUGUUCGUAUAAGCUAUAGCGAACCACUACAUAGGCUGAAACAUCGUAAUUCUUCUAAUGGUUGCGUGGGUUAUGUUGUUUGGGAAGAUACAAAUGGAGCUGCAGUUACUUCUGGAACAGAAAUUUCAGAGGUCCAGCAAACACUUGUGAAAGAAGGCGUUACAAAAGUAGAGGUAUCUAAGCAUCGUGUUUUUCUCCUUGGAGAGAACCGCUGGAAAGAUUCGUCUAGACUUAGCAGGAACCAAAAAAAAGUAGGUGAAAGCAAGACAAUGAAUACCACAACAAGGUGUCUUACUUGUCGAGGGGAGGGUCGCUUAUUGUGCCCAGAAUGUGAUGGAACAGGCGAGCCAAACAUUGAAGAACAGCAGUUCUCGGAUUGGGUGGAAGAGGGAGCAAAAUGUCCAUAUUGUGAAGGUCGUGGGUUUACAAUUUGCGACGUAUGUGAAGGGGCAACAGUAGCUUAG